AUGUCUGGUGCUAUUGAAGUAGCUGCUAGUCUCCUCGAGAAAUAUGUUUAUAAUGGAUAUUCACGUUGUAUGUUUCUCUUUUCUGAUGGACAAGCUAAUAUUGGAAUGAAAACACGAGCUGAAUUAACAAAUCUUGUCGCUGGAUAUAAUAAUGAAGGCAUUAUAACUGAUUCAUUCGGUAUUGGUGCUGAUUUUGAUACUGAAAUUAUGAAAGUUCUUGUAAAUGUCUUUGGUAUAUGUGGAUCAGCAGCUCGUCUUAUUGUACGUGGUAAAAAUGGAGCUGUUGUUACAAAGAUAUGGGGUGAUAAAAAUAUUGUUGCUGGUGCAAGUCUUGGUGAACUUUAUUUCGAUAAUCGACGAUCAGUUCUUUGUGAAUUCACAACUUCUGGUACAGCAGUUGCUGGUGAAAAUGAAAUCGAAACACUUACAUAUGAAUUAUGA